GCCCCUCAUGGGCUGGGCCUCACUGGGCAUAAAUAGGUCAGACUGCUGGGCUCUCCCCAAACCUCUCUGCUCAGCACUUCCUCUCUCGGCCUGGUUGGAGGCGGCCAUGGCUUUUCCCCUGGAGAAUGCCUUGGAUGCGAUGGUGUCCACCUUCCACAAGUACUCGGGCAAAGAAGGUGACAAGUUCAAGCUGAACAAGUCUGAGCUGAAGGAGCUGUUGACCCGAGAGCUGCCCGGUUUCUUGGGGAAAAGGACAGAUGAGGCUGCAUUCCAGAAGCUGAUGAGCAACCUGGACAGCAACCGGGACAACGAGGUGGACUUCCAGGAGUACUGUGUCUUCCUGUCCUGCAUUGCCAUGAUGUGCAACGAGUUCUUCGAAGGCUGCCCAGAUAAGCAGCCCCGGAAGAAGUGAAGGCUUCUUGGAGGCAAUGGGGUGGGAGUAGAGUCUGUGGCUGGGGUCCUCCCAGGCACAAUGAGCAUGGUACCUCACUCUGGGUUUUUUAGAUGUGUGCACAAUGCUGAGCAAAUUUAAUAAAGUUUUGGAAGCUA